CCCUGAGAGACAGUGUGGGGUUCCGGGCAGAGACACUGGAAGAUUGAAAAGCAAGAUUAAAAUUGGAUUUGUGCUUAAGACGUGAAAAACAGAUCUCGUUCCUCUCCACCCUAUCAUCUUUGUUGUUAGUGUAAAUUAUGGCAGAUAAAGAUACAGAUAAAGCAAUCCAAUGCCACCAUCUGGAAGCAUCCACUGAGCUGAGUCACCCAGCUGCUGUGCAUGAGGAGACACAGGAGGAGACAGUUAUGAAUUCCAAACAUGUAGAUGGAAAUGAACCAACAGAAGGAAGUAACCUACUGAAUAGCAAUGAGAAAAAGUUACGGGAAACACCCACAGAACUGAAUUGUUUGCAAAGACUGAGAUCUGCGUGGGCUUGCCCUCCACAUGGGCUACUGGGCAGAGUAAUAACAACUGUUACCAUGGUUGUUCUUUUGUGGGCUGUCGUAUGGUCAAUAACAGGCAGUGAAUGCCUUCCUGGAGGAAAUCUAUUUGGAAUUCUAAUCUUGUUCUAUUGUGCUGUCAUUGGAGGAAAACUGUUCAGCCUCAUUAAGUUACCAACAUUGCCUCCACUGCCUCCUCUUCUUGGCAUGCUGCUUGCUGGGUUUCUCAUCAGAAAUAUCCCAGUCAUCAGUGACAAUGUGCAGAUCAAGCACGAUUGGUCUUCCUCUCUGAGGAGCAUAGCCCUUUCCAUCAUACUGGUUCGUGCUGGCCUUGGUUUGGAUCCAAAGGCCCUGAAGAAGCUGAAGGGUGUGUGUGUCCGACUGUCCAUGGGGCCUUGUAUUAUAGAGGCAUGCGCAGCCGCUGUUCUUGCUCACUUGCUGAUGAGGUUGCCAUGGCAGUGGGGAUUUAUCCUGGGCUUUGUUUUAGGUGCUGUGUCUCCGGCUGUGGUGGUGCCUUCAAUGCUCCUUCUGCAGGGAGGGGGCUACGGUGUUGAGAAGGGAGUCCCCACCUUACUCAUGGCUGCUGGCAGCUUUGAUGACAUCCUGGCCAUCACUGGCUUCAACACGUGUUUGGGCAUGGCCUUCUCUACAGGCUCCACAGUGUUCAAUGUCCUCCGAGGUCUUUUGGAGGUGGUGAUCGGUGUGGCAACUGGGAUUUUUCUUGGAUUAUUUAUUCAGUUCUUCCCAAGCACUGACCAGGACAACCUUGCAUGGAAAAGAGCUUCCCUCCUCUUGGGGUUCGCAGUGCUGGCUGUGUUCAGCAGUGUGCGGUUCGGUUUUCCCGGAUCUGGAGGGCUGUGUACCUUGGUCAUGGCUUUCCUUGCAGGCCUGAGAUGGGGCACCACCAAGUCAGAGGUUGAAAAAAUAAUUGCAGUUGCCUGGAAUAUUUUUCAGCCCCUUCUUUUUGGGCUCAUUGGAGCAGAGGUAUUUGUUGCAUCUCUCAGACCAGAAACUGUCGGCCUUUCUAUUGCCACCUUGGGCAUUGCGGUAUUAGUACGAAUUCUGAGUACAUUUCUGAUGGUGUGUUUUGCUGGUUUUAACUUAAAGGAGAAGAUAUUUAUUUCUUUUGCAUGGCUUCCAAAGGCCACAGUCCAGGCUGCAAUAGGGUCUGUGGCUCUGGAUGCAGCAAGAGCUCAUGGAGAGAAGCAGUUGGAAGAGUAUGGAAUGGAUGUGUUGACAGUGGCGUUUUUGGCCAUCCUCCUCACAGCUCCAAUUGGAAGUCUGCUCAUUGGUUUGCUGGGCCCUAGGCUUCUCCAGAAAUUUCAACACCAAAAUGAAGAUGAAGUUCAAGGAGAGACUUCUGUACAUGUUUAAAGGAGAAGCCUGGGCACUUCAUUAGAGGAACUUGGUGGAAAUCUUGUCACAUCCCAACUCCAGAUUCAUCUUCAAACCCAAACAGCUCUGCUUUCCUUGUCUUUUUUCUUUAACUAGA